AUGGCUUCAGCGUCGAAGAGCAUCUACGGGAACCCCGGCUCCGUCGAGCUUGGGGACAGCGCCCCCGGCAUGGCCCGCAUCCGCCGCCUCCGCAUGACCAAGGACGCCCUCGUCACCAAGCCCAUGGACGGCAUCGACACCGUCGUCGACAUCCUCGACUACGGCGCCCGCACCCACGGCACCAAGGACUCGUACGGCACCCGCGACAUCGUCGACAUUAUCGAGGAGAAGAAGGAAGUGACAAAGAACGUCGGCGGCACGCCCGUGACGGAGACGAAGACGUGGAAGUACUUCCACCUCAGCGACUACAAGUACAUCUCCUUCCUCCAGGUCCAGGAGGCCGCCCGCGAGGUCGCCGGCGCGCUACUCAAGCUCGGCGUGACCAAGGAGGACAUCUUCAACAUCUAUGCUGCCACCAGCCCGAACUGGCAAGUCAUAUCCUUCGGCUGCAACUGCAUCAGCACCGCGAUCGCGACGGCGUACGACACCCUUGGCGAGUCCGGUCUGCAACACUCCCUCAAUGAGCCAGGGUGCGUCGGGAUGUUCACCAACGCUGAACUCCUCACCGUCGUCGCCAACGUCGCCGUCAACGUGCCCACAUUGCGUCUCGUCGUCUACGACGGCACGCCCAAACAGGAGCUCGUCGACAAGAUCAAGGCCGCACGCGAAAACAUGCAGGUCAUCUCUAUCGACGAGCUUCGUGAGAUGGGCAAGGGCACUACCGUCGAGACCCUCAAGGACCGUCAGCCAGCGCCCGAAGACGUGUCAUGUAUCAUGUACACCAGCGGCACCACGGGUCCUCCGAAGGGCGUCAUCAUCACCCACCGCAACCUCAUCGCGUCCGUCGGCGCGGUGUACACGCUCCUCAAGCAACACCUUCGCUCUGAUGACACAUAUCUUGCCUACCUUCCCCUCUCCCACAUUCUCGAGUUCGUCGUCGAGCUUACCCUCUUCUUCGUCGGCAUGACUUUCGGCUAUGGUCGCGUGAAGACCCUCACCGACGCGUCAGUCCGCAAGUGCGUCGGCGACAUCCGCGCGCUGAAGCCCUCGAUCAUGAUCGGGGUUCCGCAAGUAUGGGAGAUGAUUCGCAAGGGUAUCAUGGCGCGCAUCAGUGGGUCUGGCACGCUGCGCAAGAGCGUGUUCUCCGGCGCGUACUCGCUCAAGAAGGCGAACGUACCCGGGCUUGCCCAGGUCGCGGACAUGGCUGUCUUCAACCAGAUCAAGCAGGCAACCGGUGGGAAGCUCAGGCUCGCGCUGUCGGGUGGUGCCGCGCUGAGCGCCGAGACUCAAGAGUUCUUGUCGAUCGCGCUUGUCACUGUCCUGCAGGGCUACGGCAUGACCGAGUCGUGCGGUAUGUGUGCGAUCCUCCCGCCCGAGCUGUUGCAGUACAACAACGUCGGCCUGCCCGUGCCCUCGAUUGAGAUUCGGCUGCUCGACGUGCCCGAGGCGGGCUACCUCUCGACGGACAAGCCAGCACGGGGCGAGGUCUGCAUUCGUGGGCCGUCAGUCACGCAAGGGUACUACAAGCGCCCCGACCUGAACGAGGACGAGACGAUCUUCACGAAGGACGGCUUCCUGCGCACGGGCGACGUUGGCCAGUGGAACGCGGACGGCACGCUCAGCUUGGUCGACCGCAUCAAGAACCUGGUGAAGCUCCAGGGUGGUGAGUACAUCGCACUCGAGCGUCUCGAGUCAAUCUACAAGUCGUGCAACGUGGUGUCGAACAUCUGCGUGCACGCGAACCCAGCCGCGAAGCAACCGAUGGCCAUCAUCAUCCCACACGCGGAGAACCUCCGGCACGCGCUCGAGGCCGCAAACCUGAAGGGCGUCGACGCUUCGGGCUCGCUCGCUGAUCUGUGCGCGGUCCGCGCCGUCGCGGACCUCGUGCUGAAGGAGUGCAACGCGGUCGGGAAGAAGAACAGUUUCAAACCGCUCGAGCUCCUCCAGACCGUCGUCCUCACGCCCGAAGAGUGGACGCCGGAGAGCGGGCUCGUGACUGCGGCGCAGAAGGUGCAGCGGAAGAAGGUCGCGCAGGCGUUCGAGAAGGAGAUCGAGAAGGUGUACAGGAUCGAGGACUGA